UCCUCCAUUCCUCCGUCGGUCACCUUGUAACCAUGUGAACCCUCUUUUUUCCCCUUUUACUGCUGGGAUGAAGCAGAGGGAGAGAAAACUGCGCAGUUGCUGGGAGAAAAAAGAAAGAGUGAAGGAGGACAGAACAGGACAGGGUGAGGAAAGAGGAGACAGGAAGGGGGGAAGCUGAGAAGACAGCAGAGAGAGAGAGACGGAGAGAGAGAGAGACGGAGAGGAGGGGGUUGUAGCUCUAGCUGUGGGCCGGGGGGUGAGCUACCUAACCCGGGCUGCUCCGCCGAAACAUCCAUGGGUGGCUGUGUCGGGAGCCACCACGACUCUUCGGGCAGCUUAAACGAGAACUCGGACGGCACUGGAGUGGCUCUAGGCCGUAACCAGCCCCUGAAGAGAGACCGACCUAAAUGGAAAAGUGACUACCCGAUGACAGAGGGCCAGCUGCGCAGCAAGAGAGAUGAAUUCUGGGAUACGGCGCCAGCAUUUGAGGGCCGGAAGGAGAUCUGGGAUGCGCUGCGAGCUGCGGCCAGUGCCUUUGAGAGUAACGACCACCUACUGGCUCAGGCCAUCCUUGACGGGGCCAGCAUCACACUACCGCAUGGCGCUCUGACCGAGUGCUACGAUGAGCUGGGGAAUCGAUACCAGCUGCCGGUGUACUGCCUCUCCCCUCCCGUCAACAUGAUCGAAGAGCGCUCGGACGAGCCCGACGGCUCCGACCCGGACUCCGUGACGGCGGACCCAUCCACGGGCAGCGCCAGCGACCCCGUUCCCGGCGGCGAGUGCCAGCUGCGGCUCCGGCUCUCCACGGGCCGCGACCUGCGGCUGGCGGUGCGCUCCACGGACACGGUGGGCAUGAUGAAGCGUCGCCUGCAGAACCUGGAGGGCGUGCCGGCCGCCACGCAGCGCUGGUUUUUCUCAGGUCGGCCGCUGACGGAUCGGCUGCGCUUGGACCAACUCAACAUUUCCAGGGACUACGUAGUUCAGGUGAUCCUAAGCCAGCGGCCCCCGCCGGAGCCCGCCCCGUCCCCCGGACACACAGCGGAGGCGUCCGGGCCUGCGGCGGAGGAAGGAGUGCCUGCCCUGCCUCAAGAGCCCACGCCGGUAGAGAAUUAAGCGAAGCCCGGGCCCCGUCGGCGUAAAGCGAGGACGAAGGGACGCAGCUGAAUUAAAGGCGACUCUUCUUCUCCCCUGUGUUCGUCCGUUGUCUUCGCCGAGAAGGGCUAAGUUAAGGCAGAGGAGCACAAAGACUCUUCUACGGAGAAAAGGCUCCUUGUUUUGGUUUUUACACGUUGAAAUUUGGACCUUUUUUUUUUUUUUUUUUUAAGUCUUUUUAACUGUUCCUAUGGAAACCAAACUACAAAAGAAGAACUUUGUGAGAUGGUUACAAGGUUCGCUUCGCAGCCGAGAGGUCAAAGCGUCUCCAUGUUGAAGUUCUGCUCACAGAGGGGGAGCGAAAAGCAGAUCUGUCUUUUUCAGGCUGCAGCGUCUGGCCUUCUGUCCUCGGUGCAGACGGCUGAGACGAAGGGAGACAGUUCAACAAUCAAACGUUUUUAAUGCAUUAUAGCAACUAAUGGGGGUCACAUCUAAUCAUUUCAGUCAGGGUAGACGAGAAAGCUAACAACUGUGAUGAAAUUGCUAAGAGAUUUUGUCUUUAGUAUUGUGAAGAGCCGGCAGUCUGGAAAUAAGGCCGGGGGCUGCUGCUGGAUUCAAG